UCUUUUCACUUUCUGGACCCGAGAGGAAACAGAAACAGAGCGAGCAGAGGAGGUACAGGGGAGCGACGAGGAAAAUUUUUCCAAGCUCAAUUCUUGAGUUCUAGUGGUCCAAAAAUCCCGAAUUUCUUGAAUUCCCGAUAAGCCAAAUUAGGGUUUCGGAGUAUCCGGAAGCCGGAUUGAGCCCAAAUUUCAUAUACGAGCUUCCUGCAGCGAGG